AUGGCGCUGGCUGCGCGGGCGGCGGGGGUUCGGCCGGGCGGGCUGCUCAGCGCCCUGGGGCGGGGGCACCAGACGGCGGCGGGGCGCCCGCGGAGUCGGCGGGAGGAGGCCGAGGCCGAGGCCGAGGCGCCCGCGUUCCAGUACGUGGGGGAGCGCGCGGCGCGCGCCCACCGCAUCUUCGUGUGGGGCUUCAGCUUCUCGGGGGCGCUGGGCGUGCCCACCUUCGUGCUGCCCAGCUCGGGGUCCGAGCCCGGCGCCGGUCUGCGGCCUCGUCGCCGGAUCCAGCCCGUGCCCUACCGCCUGGAGCUGGACCAGAAGAUUUCCUCGGCUGCCUGCGGCUAUGGCUUCACCUUGCUGUCCUCCAAAACCAAGGAUAUUACGAAAGUCUGGGGCAUGGGGCUCAACAAGGAUUCUCAGCUCGGAUUUCACCAGAGCCGGAAAAAUAAAGGUCGCGGGUACGAGUACGUCCUGGAGCCCUCGCCCAUCCCGCUGCCUCUGGAGCGGCCUCAGGAGACCACAGUGCAGCAGGUGUCCUGCGGCCGCGCACACUCCCUCAUCCUGACGGACAGCGAAGGAGUCUUCAGCAUGGGGAACAAUUCUUACGGGCAGUGUGGAAGAAAGGUGGUUGAAGAUGAAGUUUACAGUGGAAGUCACAAAAUCCACAGAAUGCAGGACUUCGAGGGACAGGUGGUCCAGGUGGCCUGUGGCCAGGAUCACAGUCUGUUCCUGACAGAGAAAGGAGAAGUCUAUUCGUGUGGCUGGGGUGCUGAUGGCCAAACAGGUCUGGGUCACUACAACAUGAGCAGCGUGCCCACCAAGCUGGGUGGAGACCUCGCCGGCGUGCACAUCGUGCAGGUGGCCACUUACGGGGACUGCUGCCUGGCCGUGUCUGCAGAGGGCGAUGUUUUCGGCUGGGGGAACUCGGAGUACCUGCAGCUGGCCUCGGUCACGGAUUCCACACAGGUGAACGUCCCCCGGUGCCUGCCCUUCUCCGGAGUGGGGAAGGUGAAGCAGGCCGCCUGCGGUGGGACCAGCUGUGCCGUGUUGAAUGGAGAAGGACAUGUUUUUGUCUGGGGCUACGGAAUUCUUGGGAAAGGACCAAACCUAGUGGAAACUGCUCUUCCAGAAAUGAUCCCACCCACCCUCUUCGGCUUGACGGACUACAACCCCGAGGUCCAGGUUUCCCGAGUGUGGUGUGGACUCAGCCACUUCGCUGCCCUCACCAACAAAGGAGAGCUGUUUGUGUGGGGCAAGAACAUCCGAGGGUGUCUGGGCAUCGGGCGUCUGGAGGACCAGUACUUCCCGUGGCGGGUGACAAUGCCUGGGGAGCCCGUGGAUGUGGCGUGUGGCGUGGAUCACAUGGUGACCCUGGCCAGGUCCUUCAUCUGA